AUGGGAACAGGACGCGGAGACCGCCAGCCAUCGCCGCAGCGCGAGCCGCGCGGCGGCGGCGGCUCACAGGCGGGCGACGGCGGCAGCCUGCUGGACCCCGCCGAGACGGAGAAGCUGGUGGCGGCGGCGCAGUCUGAUGUCGACGCGCUGCGCGCCGAGUUCCUCUUCGCCCCCCCCGUGCGCCUGCACAAGCCUCUGGCAGCCCUGCUGGAAGACUCUCGUGACCUGCCAAUCCUCUUCCUCUACCUAAAUGUGCUGCUCACCACGGUGCCGGCGGCGGUGGCCCUCUUCUGCUUCUUCCCAACAGCCACGCGCCCGCUGCCGCACUGGCUGGGGGCCGCCUACCUGGUAGCCAACUGCGUGGCGUACCUGGGCCGCUUCAUGCUCUCCCUGCACUACUCCCAGCACCGCCGGCUGUUCAGGCGGGGUCUGGGCGCUCUCAACUUCGUGGCACCGGUGCUGUACGCCCCUAUCUUUGGCGUGCCAUCAGGCAUGUACUACCUGCACCACUGCCUCAUGCACCACUGCGGCAACAACUGCGCCGCGCACGAUGCCAGCAGCACGGAGCACUACCAGCGGGACAGCUUCCCCGCAUUCCUGCUCUACUGGCUGCGCUUUGCGGUGGGCGGCUGGGUGGAGGUGCCCGCGAGAUGCGUGCAGUACCGGCGCUGGGGCCUGCUGGCGGGCAGCCUGGUGGCGGAGGCGGCGUGCUUUGGCGCGACGGCAGCUGCCUGGAAGCUGAACCCGCGCGCCACGAUCUGGGUGCUGCUCCUGCCCUACCUCAUCACCAGCCUGGCGCUGAUGUUCGGAAACUGGAGCCAGCACAUCUUUGUGGACCCCACCCACCCACACGACUCCUACCGCCUCACAUACAACUGCGCCGGGGUGCACGACAACCGCCUGUCCUACAAUGACGGCUACCACAUCCUGCACCACCUCAACGGCCGCCUGCACUGGAGCGAGAUGCCCGGCCGCAUGGUGGCCACGCUGGAGCAGCACGCCGCGCACGACGCGCUGUGCUUUGUGGGCAUCCACUUCUUCCAGGUGGGUGCGGCGGUGAUGACUGGAAAGUACGCCUACCUGCUGCGCCACUUGAGCCGGUACAGCGCCAAGCUGGCGGCCAUGGACGAUGCCCAGCUGACGCAGAUGCUGCGCGCGCGGCUGGUGCCGCUCAAUGCCUAG